AUGGAUUCUCUCAGCGUUUUGAUCCAGAUCCUACUCCGGACACAAGAUGGUUCCUUUAUCACAAAAACUAUGCACCGCAUCCCUGCCGUCGAGUCACAGCGCAUAGAUGACACAGCCAACGCAGUGACGAGGGCUAAUGCAGCCCUAGAAGCUUGUGUGGAUAGACUUGAGCAUGAGCGACUGGCAAGAAUUGACGAGACGUCCGGCAAAGCCCUAUCAGAGACCAUGGUGACUCGCCAAACCAUUCAUGGGCAUCACGAUAUCAUGAUGCGCGCCAUCGGGGACAUCGCUGCUCGACAAAGCGACUCACGACUGCAAGCUGACAAUAACAUGAGGGACAUGUUCAAGGAAUGUUUCCGGGAGUUCUUGUCAUCCGCAAUGCAGACGGGCCUCUAUCGACUGGUUGAGGAGACUGAAUAUUGCCACAGACUCGGGUGUUGCAGGAGUAUAGAUCCUCCGGAGUCUAUGCAGGCUGAGAAGAUACUGAUUACCAAAGACAACUUAUUGCAGCACUUCAAACUAUCUGAACUCGGCAGCGUGGUCGAAGAUGUAGAGAGGAUUCGCCAACAAGGAACCAACGUCGCAUCAGAGGGCCGUGAACUGGCUCGGAAAAUCAUGACUUUGGCACAGUUCACCGAAUGGAUGCAGAAAGAUGAGUCCAGACUCAUUCUAGUCGACGGGCACUGCAAGAGCCUUGGCAACGGCAAGACCAGUCCACUUUCCGUCCUGUGCGCUUCUCUCGCCUCCAACUUUGCGGAAUCCAAUGCACUAGUCAUUCUGCAAUACUAUUGCGGUCACCACGGCUUGGAUUCGAACGGCCUGCCAGCCGGGCCAUUGGGGCUUAUAAAGAGCCUACUUGCACAGCUGCUUCGCAAGUCAGACGAUGUUCUCCCCAAGAGCCUGCAACUGGACAGAGAGCUGUACGACAGAGUAGAGCCUGACGAUGUGGACGGCCUUUGCGAGAUAUUCGGAGUUGUUUUCUCGCAAAUUGACCCGAACAAGAUCACUCUAUGCAUCAUCGAUGAGGUUGCCGAGUUUGAGGGCGCGCGUGGCGGAUGGAGUGAUGGCAUGGGCUCUGUUGCAUUUCAGCUGAGAUGGAUGGUCCACAAGUUUCAAGGUCCACAGAGGCUCAAGGUGCUGAUGACCAGCGCGAACAAGUCAACCGUGGUUACUCAAAUCUUGGAGGAAGAUGAUAAAAUCUCUUUUAGAGGAACUGGACUGCCUAAUCACCGACCAGGGCGCUUGGUCAUGAACAGUAGCUUCUCUUUCCCUUGA